CCUGCUGGGCUGGAGCCAGACUGUGGUCUGAGGAGGAGCCUUAUAAGUUGGGGCGAGUGGACGGGGAAAAGAGAGCUACUUGGUCAGGAAACCAGAUACAAAGUUUUAGAAGAUGAUGAGAGACAGCGAGAGCAAGCCGGACACGAUGGUCACCUUCCUGCAAGCAACCAGCCCCUCCUGGCAGCCUGCAGGCCCUGAGGAUGAGGACCCGAGCCUGGAUGAGUACGACCUCUACAGCCUGGCCCAUUCCUACCUGGGAGGUGGAGGCCGAAAAGGUCGCACCAAGAAAGAAGCUGCCACCAACACCAACCGCCCCAGCCCUGGCGGGCACGAGAGGAAACUAGUGACCAAGCUCCAGAAUUCAGAGAGAAAAAAGCGAGGGGCACGGCGCUGAGAUGGAGUUGGAGAUGAGGCCAGACCACGGACACCACACCCAGCAAUGCAGACAGGACUACAGAGGAAUAAGGCUCUGGGGAUAGGAUGCAGGCCUGCUUGCCCCACCCCCUAGCCCAGGACUUACCCCACUUGAUUGAGUCGCUGAGGGGUUGCCAAGGGAGCACCAUCAACCCCAGCAAGAGAGCAAGAUGGAAAGCAAGAGGCAAGGAACUGAGAAGUGGGGGCAAGAAGGCACCCCCAGAAAAGAAAGCCACCGAGGAAACCAGAAUUCUCCCUGGUGGCUGCCACAAUAAACAAAGUACAGCAGCUGCAGCUUAUGUAUGUGUUUCGA